ACCUAAUGGGCUUCUGCUCCCUGCUCUGAGGCCAGACAGCUUCCCUGGGCUUCCAGGGAAGGAGGGGGUAAUCUUAGAGGAGGAGGAUGGUCUUUGUGGAGAGGAARGAAAGUCUGUGUGGCUGCUCCCUGCCUAUUGCACUUCCUGGGCUGGCCCUUGUUUCCCUUCUAAAGCUGCAGCAUGAUGCUUUCCACCCUCCUGGCCAUUUUAUGGAGCUCUGUCUUUCACUCAUCUCCUCUCUCAAAUGAGGGCAACUGUACGAAGGGAAAUGGGAAAAAGAAAAGGAAACAAGAAGGAAGAGGGAGCAGGAGAAAGGUGCAGGAUGAUAGGGGGGAAGAAAGCAAGUCUGCCAGAAAGAGGAGGGAGCCAGUAGAGCUCCUCAGCUAGUGGCUAAAAGCUCAGUAUAAACUGGGACUGUGUUCACACUGGUGUGUGAAGCUGAGUCAGGCACAUUCCUCCAUGCGGUGGUCAAGGCAACUCGCAAGGGGUUGGUUCAGUGGGGCAGAGCCCACCUCUCCAAAGCCUGUCUGAGCUGAGAUGACACAGACUUGGGAGCAGAAAUCCACUUGUUCACGAAGUCUUCUGUUUCCUUGAGCCCAGCAAACUCUGGAGAAGCAACAAAUAAGGAGCUGGUGAAGAAAAGAGACGUUUCCUUCUGGCUGGCAGAGGUUUUCUUGCACCUAUUGGUCUUGAAGAGAAGUUGCCCCUGUCUUGGCCCUUUCAUGGUUAAGGAAAACAAYCAGACAGAGCUUGUGAUGGACAAGAUCAGCAAAAUGGACUGGGCAGCUGGAGGUGAGGAAUAGACUUUUCUGGAGCAUCCUGUCUAUGUCUGAUGAACUCUCCCCAUUCUUCCCUUGGCUGCUUUGCUGUUAAGGCUAAACGUGUCCUGUAGAGUGAGGGGGGAAGGCAGGAGGAAAGAACAGGUCUCUGAGAGCUUGAUUUACUCUUGCUCAACGUAACCCAAAGAUGUCUUGCAACCCUUUUGUCAUCAGCCCAAGGCCUGGAGAGGAUCUCAAGGGUGGCAGUUUCUUGGAGGAAAGCAGUGGUGGGGGUGAUGACAGCAAUGUCAUGGGAGAGGACAGCCUGGUCAYGGGGCCACUGGGCACAGUGCUGCUGGUCAUGUGCCUCACUGGGAUGGUGGGGAACAUCUACACUGUGGCAGUGGCUUCUGRCAGGGUGGCAGGCUGCUCAGCGGGCUCCUUGGGGGUCUACAUGAUCAACCUUGCCCUGGCUGACCUCCUGUACCUCUCCACCAUCCCCUUUGUGGUUUGCACCUACUUUGCCCAUGACUGGUUCUUUGGGGAUGUGGGUUGCAAGCUUUUGUUCAGCCUGRACCUCCUCACCAUGCAUGCCAGCAUCUUCCACCUGACCGCCAUGAGCCUGGAGAGGUACUGGGCCGUGGCCAAGCCUCUGCAGGCCAAGCGGGCCAGCAAUGCCUACYGCAAACUGGCCAGUGCCAUCCUCUGGCUGCUAUCGCUGCUGCUUACGGCCCCCAUGAUGGUGAUGACUMAGCUGCGCGAGGGGGACGGCUCCCACAAGGGCAUCUGCACCCCCACCUGGACGCCAUCAGCUUUCCGACUCUACCUGACGGUGCUGUUCACCACCAGCGUCCUGGCACCUGGCGCGGUGCUGGCCAUCAUCUACACCCGCCUGGCCCGGGCAUACCGUUCCUCGGCCUGUGGCCUGGGGCUUCUGGUGACCGGCCGGGCCCCUGCCCGGCGCCUCGUCUCCAGGAUCUGUGCCAUCGUGGUGGCCUACUGGGCCUGCUUCCUCCCCUUCUGGGCCUGGCAGCUGGCUGGGCUGUACCAGGGAGAGGGGCUGGGCAUUGGCCCCACUGCCCAGGCCUACCUCAACUUUGCUGUCACCUGCCUGGCCUAUGGCAACAGUUGUGUCAACCCCUUCCUCUACACCCUGCUGGCCAGCAGCUGCCCCUGGCGCCCUGGCCAAGCCUGCAGCCCCGGCAUGGCUCGCCCUGCAGCACCCUCUCAGCAGCCUGUGGGAAGCCGCAGAAUCCCCCUGACUUUCAGGGAGCUUCGGGGUCUGUGAGGGAAAGUGAUGGAUGAGCAGGCUGGGAACAUCUAACCUUUGGCUGGGGACAGGUUGAGAAAUAAAGUGUAUCACCUUC